GUCGCAGUUCCAUCCAAAGGAAAUACAAGCGGGGACAGACGGACGGUCCUAUCGAUGCUCUCCAACUCCAUGGAGUUCAGACCUCGCAAUUACACUGCCGAGAAACAAGCCCACGCGCUUCCUCGAUCACGCGCCGACGAUCAUCCUCUCUCCGCUCCAUCGUCUCCACCUCGCCACCAGGUUGAGGUUGUUGAUGAUGGGGACACCGACUAUCUUGACCCGCUCAGAAGGUCAGAUAACAAUGCAGCAGUUUCUAUAGAGGAUUUGGAAGGCAUUGAAGACAGUUCUGCUUCGGGACUCUCCAGUGAAGCUUCGAUUCAAAAUCCAUCAAAAGAAUGGGUCUCUUUUAAGAGGUCACUGAUGCAGCGGUUUCCGGUCUCCAAAACCGUUUUGACUUCUUCAAUGUCCGAUGUGAUAGUGAAAGGCAGAAAAACAUAUGACAAAUCUUCAACAAAUAUGCAUUUGGAGGAACUGGAAGAUCCAGAAAAAUUUGCAGAAGAGGGUGGCAAAGUCAUCACAGGACAGGAAUAUGUUUCCCGGUUACAUGAGCUCAAAGCUGAAAUAAAUCACACUUGGCAUGCUGAUGAUCGUGUGACAUCUUUGAAAUUAUCAAUAAAAGUAGCUAAGCUUUUGAUGGAUACAUCUAUUUUACAAUGUUAUCCUACACUUUUUGUUCUUGCUAUGGAUAUUAUGGAUAUGCUUGGGGAUAUGGUGUGGGAACGCAUCAAGUUGAAAGCUGAAUUAGCUGAAGAUGGAACCAAACUCUGCUUGUUACCAGUGAACUUCAUGGUGAGUGAUAUUUGCUCCGAUGCCAAAGAAACUUGCAAUAAUUGGUUCAGCAAAAUUGGUGCAAUCCGAGAGCUUCUUCCACGUAUUUAUUUGGAGCUCGCAUUAUUGCCUUGCUGGCGUUUCUUGCAUGAUCGACCUCUAGACUGUCUUCAGCGCUUGGUAAUGAUGACAAGAGGGUUAGCAGAUCCAUUGGCAUCUGCCUACUGUCGCUUAUAUAUGGCCCAUUGUUUUAGAAAGUUGCACUCUCAUGAUAUAGGAUGUCUGCUCACCUGCGUUAAUGACUUCAAAAUUUUGUUGAUGCGGGUGAUAUCGGCAAAGGAAACAUUUCACAGAAACUUGACUGAAAACAAAAGAUUGCUUAUCAGUCUAAUGGAACCAACCAUUGAUUAUAUCAUGAAAUGCAUAUUUAAAAAUGUGUCCGAGAGACAAGUAAAUGAUGUACUAGUGGAGCUUGGGCUUGGAUCUAAUCAAGUGGAGCUGCGUGGAAGGUUCCCAUGCGCCUCAAUUAUCCUUCAUCAUCUAGUCAAACAACUUCCAUCGCAAGUAGUUAGCUCAGGUGCUAUGGAGAUCAUUCGGCUCAUUGAGUCCAGCAAUGAUGAUUCCUAUCAUCAGUGCUUGAAUUACAGGUUACUUGGAUUUAGGCUGUGUGAAAGAAAAUCUGAAAUGGACACUGUCAAUGCUGUGGUGGACAAAGUCAUUCAGGUUAUUACUCAAUAUGAAGGCCUUGAUGAGUACUUGAAGGUUGUGGAUGCUUAUGUGGACAUUUUCCUUCAAAAUCAUAUGGAUGACCACCUGAACUCCAUUUUGGAAGGUAUUUCAAACCGAGCAUGCAGUCAAGGGAUUGCUGAAGAUGAACUGACGACCUUGCAGUCUAUCUUGGUGAAGCUUCUUUCUUAUUACGAGGAUUUACAAGACGUAAUUGCUAUGACCCCUUUUAUGAAGAUCUUGGAUUUAAUGCGUGGAAGUUCACAAAGCAUUGUCAAUAUGCAGAUCCUUGACAUGGGGAUAAGGAAUGGUUGUAUACGUGAUCGGACAACUAUACAGUUUCUUUUUGAAAUUUCCCAGGCUCUACAUGAUGAUGAAAUUUUUGUGAAUGUAAAAGAUGAUUCUAACCAACCAGCACGUUUGAUUUCUUCUUUUGUCUCACUGGUUGAUUAUGGGGCAGAGUUGGAAAGUCAUUUGACCUUCUUAGUUGAAUGCCGUGCAGCUUUUGGUAGCAUACACUGGCUUAAGGAAACUCUUGUUCGCUCGAGUAAUUGUUUAGCAAUUAAGGCUCUGAAAGAUGGGAAUAGACAUAUCAGUUUUAUCAAAUCCUGCGUAGCAUUUUCUGAAGUCACAUUACCUUCCAUUUCAGCUCAGACUAAGCAGUUAAAUCUGUAUCUUGAGACUGCAGAGGUAGCCUUACUUGGUGGUCUAGUUUCUCAUUCAGAUGGACUGAUUGACUCAGCAAUCAACUCUUUGCAAAUUUCAGAAGCGAUGGAUGGGUCCAGAACACCAUUUGAUGCUGAUGGAAUACUCUCCUCAAUUCAAAAGUUAUUCAGCCUCUUGGUUAUGGUUCCAGGUAAUCCUGAGCAUGGAGUUACUUUCUAUCCAAAGAACUUGGUAUCGCUUGUAAAUUCUCAGCCAUGGAUGACACCAAGAAUGAGAGUGAAGAUUUUUUGUGCAGUUGUUUCUCUGUUAGCGGCACUAUCUCAACGAGAUCUGCCUUACCAUGCAGAUAAGGGAAAGCUUCUAGGAAACAACAUACUGUUCUUUGGUCAUUCAUCGUAUUUAAGUGAGCUUGCCUUGAUGUGCAAGUUUGUUCUUCAGAACCUGGUUGAUACUAUUCAACAAGAACCUUCCAAGGCUGCUCGUGGAAGUAUGGCGCUUGAAGCUUGCAACUGCAUUGCAUCAUCUUUCAUUCCAAGUCAGGAAAUAUCCUCAAUUUGCGCCAAUCUAAUAGAAACUGGGAAAUCGUGUAUGGGCACUAGCCACCCGUAUCUGCUAUCGACGAUCAAAUUUAUGGAUCACUUGCUGGUUCCAUCUGUUGCAGUAUGAUGACAUGAAUGUCUUUGAUUUGUUGGAUUAAAAGUGGCUCAGGGAAUUUCAUUAGGUAAUGUAUAGAUUACAUAUGUUGCAGAGACACAGCAUAGUUCUAGUUAGGAACCAUUUCACUCUUCUUGUACUCAUGAGUCCUACGCUUGUAACAUAGUAACAUACUAGUACUAGUGGACACAAACCCAAAGCUUUUCCAAUACGAGCUUGUGAUGCAUCAUUUGCA